AGAGUAAAAACACCAAGCCAAUCACCUCCCAGAGUGUGAGAGGGAAGCCGCGCCUCCAGCACCUGAGGGCGCAGGUCAGACCUCUUCUCCUCCGUCUCCAUCACUUUAGCACCGACAGCAGGUGACCAUGCAGCCCGGCCUGACACACCUGAGCCACUGCCUGCUGUGGCUGCUUUUUUUGCAAACCUCCGCGGAUCUGCCCAUGUGCAAAGAGUCAGAUUAUCACUUUGAGUACACAGAGUGUGACGUCCUCGGGUCAAGAUGGAGAGUUGCAGUUCCCAACAAAGCUGACACAUGCACGGGCCUCCCGGAUCCAGUCAAAGGGACUCAGUGCACGUUCUCUUGUAAUGAGGGGGAGUACCUUGAUAUGCAGUCACAGCAGUGUCAGAAAUGUGCUGCGGGCACCUACUCUCUGGGCACCAGCGUGGCCUUUGACGAGUGGGACAGCCUGCCGUCUGGUUUUGUCACUCACGGCGUGAUAACGAACGAGGGGUAUGACCAAACGGACUGCUCCAACUCAACCUGGACACCAAAGGGUGACUACAUAGCCUCGAACACAGAUGAAUGCACUGCGACGCUGUCCUACGCCGUGAACCUGAAACAGCCUGGAACUCUGUCCUUUGAAUAUUUCUAUCCUGACAACAGCAUCUAUUUUGAGUUCUUUGUUCAGAAUGACCAGUGUCAGUCGACAGACUCUAACAGCCGGUGGAUGCGGAUCUCGGAGAACAGCUGGAGCAAAUACACGGUAGAACUAAAUAAGGGCAACAAUGUGUUGUACUGGCGAACUAUAGCGUACUCCCUGCAGAGCAGCGCUGUCAAACCUGUGCUGCUGAGAAACAUUCAGAUAUCAGGGGUGGCCUACACAUCAGAGUGUUUCCACUGUAAACCCGGCACCCACAGUGCAAACCCAGGGUCUGCACGUUGUACCCCCUGCCCCGCUGAUACCUACUCCAAUAAGGGUGCCACUACUUGCCGUGAAUGUGAGGAAGACAAAUACGCAGUGAUCGGUUCAGCGAGCUGCAAACCGAGACCUGCAUGUACAAGCAGUGACUACUUCUAUACCCACACCCCCUGUGACUCUGAGGGAAAGACUCAGCUCAUGUACAAAUGGAUCGAGCCUAAGAUCUGCACUGAGACUGUCGAAGGAGCACUGAAGCUUCCCGCAUCAGGGGAGAGGCAAACCUGUCCGCCAUGCAACCCGGGUUUCUUUGUCUCCAACUCCUCCAGCUGUGAGCCCUGUCCCAGCGGAUCCUUCUCUAACGGAACAGUUUGCACCGAGUGCCCUGCUGGCACAGAACCGGUGGUGGGGUUUGAGUACAAAUGGUGGAACACGAUGCCGGCCAACAUGAAGAGCUCUGUCUUCAGUCAAGUGUUCAGUGACUCUGACCGGCGUACUGCAUGGGAGGUGGCUGGAGAGUAUAUCUACACCACCCCCGGGGAUCAGGACACAGACUAUCUAAUGCUCACGCUCAGUGUCCCCGGAUACAGGUUGCCUCAGUCCAUGGUCAAAGAUGCUGAGAGGAGUGAGCUAUCUCGCAUCACCUUCGUCUUUGAGACCAUUUGUACAGCUGACUGUGAACUUUACUUCCUGGCGGGAUAUAAUCAGUGGAACAACGAUGUGGUGGAGCGCUGGAAUGGCAGAAACCACAAGCAGUCAUACUCCUACUUGAUCCAGAGCAACAGCACCGUCAGCUUCACCUGGACGUUUAAGCGAACAGAGGAAUAUGGCAUGGAGAGGAACUACAGCGCAGAUGUCGCAAAGAUCUACUCCAUCGUCAUCACCAACGCCAUCGGAGGCGUGGCCACGAAGUGUCGCCGCUGUGCUCUGACGUCUGUUAAGGCCGGCUCUGCCUGUGUGCUCUGCCCACCGGGACACUACAUGGUCAACGGGACAGGAGCGUGUCAGAAGUGCCCGCCAAACACCUUCAUCAGGACUGAUCAGCCAGUUGGGGAAGCUGCUUGUAUUCGGUGUGGGCCAAACACAAAGACAAACAAGGCCUAUACAGCUUGUCUCAGUGACUGCAUGCUGGAUGUGCGCACAAGCAAAGGAGGGCGGCUACACUACGAUUUCUCUCCUUUGGCCAACGUCACCAGCGUCCAUAGCAGCCCCCGCUUCACCAACAAAGGCCUGCGGUACUUCCAUCGCUUUAAUCUGGGCCUGUGUGGGACAGAGGGCCGAAUGCCAGCUUCCUGUGUGGAUAAUGUAACAGAGAGUGGGAGAGAGGUCAAAGGUUAUGUCUGUCAGUCCACUGUGGUUCCCUCUGACAUCAGGAGUCAGAGCCUUGUGUCCUCACAGCCUUUCCUUAUUGGUGACUCACUCAUUGGUGUAACCACUGAGACGAAACUUGGCAACAUCUCUUCUCCAAAGUGGUUCCCUGCAGCAGUGGGCCUGCCAGAUGUUAUAUUCUAUUACAGGUCCAGUGAUGCAACUCAGGCUUGUAAACAAGGCCGGUCAGCUACAGUCAGGAUGAGAUGCGAUCCCGCAGUGACCACUAAAGAUCACAUCAUGCUGCCAAGUAACUGUUCAGAGGGGACAUGCGAUGGUUGCACGUUCCACUUCCUGUGGCAGAGCCAGCAUGCGUGUCCACUCUGCACCAAAAACCACUACAGAGAAAUCGUCAGUGCUUGCAUCCAGGGAAUACAGAGAACCACCUAUGUGUGGCAGCACCCUGUGCAGUGUUACGGAGGACAGCCGCUGCCUGCACAAAAAGUCAGCGCUUGCGUGACUCUGGAUUUCUGGCUCAAGUUUGGUGUUUCCACCGGAGCCGUCGCUGCUGUGUUGCUCAUCAGUCUCAUCUGUUAUUUUUGGAAAAAGACACGCAAGCUGCAGUAUAAGUACUCCAGGCUGAUGAUGACCUCUGGGGGUAGGGAGUGCGAGCUGCCCACCGCAGACAGCUGUGCAAUAAUGGAGGGAGAGGAUGCAGAGGACGACCUCAUGGACCUCACCAAGAAAUCCUUUUUCACCAAAAUUAAGUCUUUCUCACGCGAGAGAACAUCCGACGGAUUUGACUCGGUUCCCCUUAAGUCAUCAUCUUCACGCCAGCGAUUAGUAGAGGAAGACUCUGAUGAUGAAAUAGAGCAGAUCACUCUACCAAGGCACAGAGGAAGUGUUCAGAUGUAGACGGUUUAGCUUCAGAGCGGCUUUUUCUGUCAGAAAAACUUAGACUGUUGAUGCAUUUUAGUUAAUAAGAUAUUUGCAUUAAUGAGGGGUUUUAAGAGAAUGUAGAGACAUAGUUUUGAGGAUGUCUCGAAAGUUUUUAGAAGUAAACAGAGACCGAAAUAUUUGUUAUUGGUCCAAAAAUGUAAAGACUGAGAAUUUGUUUGUAAUUAUCAUUCCCCCCCCCAGUCUCAGAAACACAGUGAGCAAAUCAGCAGUCUUGGCAUUAUUGCUAUCUACCUCUUAAAACGAAGCUAAAAAAUGUAGAUCUCAAUCUGACUGAGAAAUUGGUCCAUACUUUCAUUACAGCUACUGUUAGACUACUGUAAUGCUCUAUUUGUUGGAUUGUCCAAAUUAUCAGUAGAACAACUACUAUAUUAAUAUAGUAGUUGAAUAUUAAUCCAUUUCAAUGGCUCUCAGUUCAACACAGAGUCACCUUUAAAAUCCUUCUAUCAGUUUAUGAAGCACUCAGUGAUUUGGUCCUCCUUGUACAUCUCUGACUUGCUCAGUGUCUAUAACCCGAUUAGCUGUCUCAGACCAUCAGGGGGAGAUUUUUUUUCCAGAAUUAGAUCCAAGCUUUCAUUUCUUGUGGUCCUAUUCUGUGGAACAAGCUGCCUACCGAUGUCUUUUACAAUUAUGUCAACAUUCAAAAAGAGACAAUAUCUUUUUAUUUCUUUUAAGUUUACACCUGGUAACUGUGUGUGUGUUAUUUUAGAUCUUUGUAAAGUUUGUUUUGUUGUUUUUAAUACCUUAAGGCAUAGUAGACCUGCAUAGGUUUUUAUGUUUUUAUCUUUUAUGCGUAUUGAGUUUACAUGUAAUGAAAUGUGCUAUAUAAAUAAAAUGGCCAUUGCUAUA